AUGCGUGGAAUCGAAGCCCUUGCCUUCCUGGCCGCUAUCGGAGCCGCUCACGGCCAAAGCACGGUCGGCUUUGGGCCCUAUUUCUCCCUUGGACCUACUCAGUCGUGGAUUCGUGAGGCCAAUACCACCUUGGUCUUGCCGGAAGCCCCUAGCCCCCAGAAGGACCGUCUGGCCCUCUGGCCGGGCAUGGGAACCAGCGGCGGAGAUCUGAUCCAGGCUCUGGCUGUCUCGUUCUCUGACCCCAACGCCAACUGCGGCGCCAGCGCCGGUCAAUGGUGCACCUGGGCUAGUACUCUCGAAGGCACGCAACUGGGUGGCAAGGAAGUCGCGGCUUCUGCUGGUGACAAGAUUACCAUGCAUUACAAGUACAACGACAGCACAGGCAAGUACGACCAGACAGUCUCGAUCAACGGCGAAGUUGUGUCCACCCUCUCGACCAGCUCCGGACAAGCCCAGGGCUGGGGAACGGCGGUCGAAUGCCAGGACGACGCAUGCCAAAGCACCGCAGCGGCUCACGAAUACCUUGACACCACCAUCAUCCUGAACGCCCAAGACAGCACAUUCGGCAACACCCUAGCCAUCAAUGAGGCCACCUCGUCCGAACUGACAACCUCGGACAACGGCAAGACCUGGACGGUCUCGACCAUCAACGUCAACUCACACACCUACGACCUUUGA